CCAAAGGGUACUGCAGAGUAUCCACACUGUACCAUGUGUUAAAAUGUACAGGCACAACAGAGUCCAAUGUUUCUUCAGCCGGGAAUUCUGGUUUAACAUGCAAAUUCUAUCUGCUACUGACACUUGCAGCGUCAUUGAUCCUGGCGUCGUGUAUACAUGUUAUAUAUAUUGACUAGUAUGGACCAUUGGGUCGGAUUUUUUCCAGCUUGCCAGACGCAAUAAACAGGACAAUUUUUCCCUUAUAUACACUGAACCCACUCAGACAUCGGAUGCGCAGUCCGUCGUUGUUGUAUAUGGUGAUGCUGCUUUGGAUGCUAUGUGCCGCCGGAAUCAUUAUGACAGGUCGAUGUUUGGCGCGCGUCACUGAUAAUAAUUUGUCAUGAUUUAGGGAUGCUAAUAUAUAAAUGGUGGAAUAAAGCGGAAAUAUUCUUACACCAUCAGCAGCAACCAUGCCUGGUAGUAAACGAGGAUUAGUGGCGCCGCAAAAUACUAUACUCGAUAGUAUUGUCAAUUUAGUUCGCCGCAACAACUGGCAAGAUGCGUGUUUCGUGCUGGCCAAUUCCCAAAUAUUUGAAUUUCCAAUCAUUUACUGCAGUGAUACAUUUUGUAAGAUGACCGGAUUCAAUCGAUCGGAUGUGAUGCAAAAAAGUUGUGUCUGUUCGUUUAUGUAUGGGGAGCUAACUGAUGGUACCUGUAUCGACCGGAUAAAGCAGGCCCUGGAGAAGCAGCAUCAUGAUCAGCUGGAGAUUUUGCUAUAUAAAAAGAACAAAAGCCCGAUGUGGGUCCUUAUGCAAGUGGCACCCAUAAGAAACGAAAAGGACGUCACUGCACUUUAUUUAAUGAUUUUCAAAGAUAUAACCGCUCUUAAACAGCCAAUUGAAGAGGAGGAGAAUAAAGGGUUAAGCAAAUUCGCCCGAAUUGCUCGUUCCGUGACGAAAAACAGGACAACAUUCAGUGGAUUAACGAAUACAGCGUCGAACAACGUGGAGAAUGGCAAACCAUUCCCGACGGGCGCCGUUAAUGUGGUAGCCCUACCACAAUACCGUCAGGAAGCGCCCAAGACGCCGCCGCAUAUCAUAUUACACUAUACUACCUUCAAAACCAGCUGGGACUGGAUGAUCUUGUUACUGACCUUUUAUACUUCCGUCAUGGUGCCUUACAAUGUGGCGUUUGAAUGGAAAACCAGUGAAAGUAUCACAACACUCGCCACGGAUUCCAUUGUUGACAUAGUAUUUUUUAUUGAUAUCCUGCUAAAUUUUCAUACGACUUUUGUUGGACCAACGGGAGCCGUGGUGUCCGAUCCGAAAAUAAUUAGGCGGACGUACCUGAGAUCGUGGUUUCUAAUCGAUCUUCUAGCAUGCAUGCCGUAUGACAUAUUCAAUUCCUUUGAUAAGGAUGAGAGCCAAGAGAGUAUGGGAAGUGUUUUUUCGGCGUUCAAAGUGCUCAGGCUGUUGCGUCUGGGCCGUGUAGCUCGCAAGUUGGACCAUUUUAUGGAAUAUGGCGCAGCUGUUUUAUUACUUUUGAUGUCUUCGUACAUGCUGAUAGCGCACUGGCUAGCCUGCAUUUGGUAUUCUAUCGGAAAAUCGGAGGCACUUAGCGGGAUCGAAUACGGUUGGCUUUUUCGGCUGGGUAGAGAAUUACAUAAUCCAUUCAAAUACUCACCCCCGAGUAACCGCACCGACAAUCGGACGGAUAGUGUUUUUGGAGAGCCUACAGCGUUGAUACUGUUGAAUAGCACGCGAGAUGACCCCAGUACAGCCUAUGGAUCACUGUCAGGUGGUCCCGAUCAUAAAGCCUGCUACGUCAGUGCCUUGUACUUUACUACAUCGUCCAUAACUUCCGUCGGCUUCGGAAAUAUUGCCGCUAACACGACGAAUGAAAAGUUGUUUUCCAUCGUGGUGAUGGUAAUCGGCUCAUUGAUUUACGCAACAAUUUUCGGCCAUGUGACGACAAUUAUUGGCCAAAUGACGGCUUCCACGGCUCGUUAUCAUGACAUGCUGCACAACGUUCGCGAUUUCAUGCGACUCCAUGAGGUACCAAAAGCCCUGAGCGAACGCGUACUGGAUUAUGUAGUGUCCACGUGGAGCAUCACUAAAGGAAUUGACACGAGCAAGGUGGGUUGCAAGGAAGUUAUCGACUUAAGUGAUUUCCGGCAGAAAUGGCGGACUUGUUGCCGCGGUGAUGUGUUUGGUGACCAAAUAUGGCUGCGUGAGCACACUGUUGGACAGAGUUGUGCCAAUGUCCGAGCCCUUACUUACUGUGAUUUUCAUUCUAUAAAACGAGAACGUUUGUUGGAAGUUCUGGAUUUUUAUCACGCCUUCGCUCAUUCUUUUGCAAGAAAUAUGGUUUUAACGUAUAAUCUUCGCAACAGACUUGUUUUUCGCAAGCUGUCCGAUAUUCAUCGCGAAAAGGAAUUAGCCGAACGCGAUCGCAUCGAAGCACAACGCGCCGAAGCAGCAAAGAACAAUCCAGUCCGUAAACUAUUUAACCGCUUGCGAAAAGGCUCGGAGCACUCCGGUGGGACGUCCAGCGGCUCCCUCAUUCCAACCCCCGGUGAUAUGGAAACAACCCCAGCCACACCCUCCCACCGCAACAGCAUCCCCAAACCGGACACCAUCGGGCAGGUAUCGGAAGCCAGCCCGGUAAAGGUCACGCGCAUCUCUGAAAACUCCGAGCAGCACGCACUCAGCGGCUGGAAACGCCUGACCGCCGCCGCGAAGGAGGCCCAAGGUGGCGCAACGGAAGUGUCGGCAUGGAAGAAACUCAUAGCGGCCGGCAAAGCGGCCAAAGAGGCCGAAAAGCUGACAGCCGCCGGCGGGGGCACGCCUACUACGCCCGCCCCGCCCCUUACGCCCACGAAACAGUCUACUGUGUCCUUUGCAAAAUCACCACGCUUGGUGAUUGACAGUUCGGCGGUGGCGGGUGAAGCCUAUGUCAACUGGACACCCGACCGUAUGCAGCAGGUCACAAUGGAAUUGGGCGGGAUGCUGUCCACGGCACUGAAACAGCUCACCGCCAUACAGGCCCAACUAAAUGAACUACAGGCAAAAAAAGCCGGUGAUUCGAAAAGUAAUACAGAUGACGGCAAAACAUAGUCUUAAGAGAUAAUUAUGCGGGUACAGAUGUCCGCACGCGCACAGCCUUCCAUUAUGUCUCGAGACUAGGCUCGUGAUUUCUGGGGAUUCCACUUGUGUAUUCACAGUUUACGCCGAGCUCGAGUUCUCUAACUUGUACACUUCCUUGAUUUUUUAUUGCUUUUUUAGGGAAUUUAACGUGACGGUUCAUGUAAAUUAUACGUAAUGGAAGAAAGGUGCCUUCAGAUUACUAAUUACAACUCCAUGGUGUUGCUUUA